UUCGUUCUAAAAGACGAAAUGCAAAAACUUUUGAAAAAAUCUCCAAGGGCAUGAUGGAGAGAGGCCACAAUAGGGACUCUGAGCAGUGCCGCGUGAAAGUCAAGGAGCUCAGACAAGCCUAUCAAAAAACAAAGGAGGCAAACGGUCGCUCCGGGUCAGAGCCGCGGACAUGCCGCUUCUACGCCGAGCUGCAUGCAAUUCUAGGGGGGGCUGCCACCACUACCCCACCUGUGAUCGUGGAUUCUGGGUCGGGGAUAGUCUCAUCAGCGACGCCUGAGGAUUCUGCCGAUGGGGGAGAGGAGGAGGAGGAGGAUGAGGAUGAGCUUGCAGAGAGCACACAGCACUCCGUUCUCCCCAACAGCCAGGAUCUUUUUCUCACCCUGAUUGAAGUACCCUCCCAAGCCUCCCAAGCCAGUACCCAAGACUCUGACCCCAUGGAAGGGACCUCAGCAGCUGCAAAUUCCUCAAGCCUCCCUCCUCCAUCCCGAAGGUUAUCACAGAUAAGGCGUCGUAAGAAGAGAACGUGAGACGAGAUGUUUUCUGAAAUUAUGGAAUCCAGCCGCAGUGACAGAGCUCAUCUGAAUGAGUGGAAGGAAACAGUUUCAAAGUAUAGGAAAGAAGCCAUUGAAC